CCGCGGAGGCCCCGCCCCCCCACCGGCCGUUGCCGGGAGACCGGAGGGACGCGCGAGCCGGGCCGCCAUGGCGAGGCCUCGUCUCACUGCCCCCACGUCGGCCGAGGCCGAGCUGCUGCUGCUGCAGAGACAAGCACUGUUGGAGGAGGAGGUGGCCAAAGCCAAGAGGGCGCUGCUCACUCGCUUCCUGCAGGAGAAGCUGACCCGGGAGGAGCAGAGCAGCAGAUGGGGUCUCCACAAGGUCAGCACGCUCUGGCGCUCGGCCCAGCGCAAGGCCAAGGACCAGGAGCUGCGCCAGGACAUCGAGAUCCUCAGCCAGACCUUCACACGGGUCAUGGACUGCAAGGAUGGCACCAUUGAGGCGCUGGUGACGGAGCUGAAGGAAGCAGAGGAGCAGCAGAACCGAGCCCUGCGCAGCCACCUGGACCUCACAGACCAACUGCUGCACCUCCAGCGCUGCCGCCUGGGCUACCUGGAGCAGGGCUUUAGUGCCCAGGUGGGCGCCCUGAAGGCCGAGUUUGAGGCUGAGAGGAGGACCAUGCUGGAGCAGCAAGACUGGGAAAGCCGGGUCCUGCAGGACAUGGCGCUGGCCACGGAGCAGGAGCACGCCAGGAACGAGCAGGAGGCCUUGCUGAACUUCCAGAGCGCCCGGGACGACAUCAAAAACAAGUGCUGGCAGGAUCAGCAGUACAGCCGGCUGCAUCUGGGGGCCAGGCUGGAGGGGCUGUGGGAGCAGAUCCAGACAGCACGGAGGAACUACGCCCAGGCCACGGAGAAGAAGAAGGUGGAGUUUGAGGAGCUGAAGAGGAAGUGUGAGAGGACUUCCUGCGAGAUUAACGCACAGGCGAAGAGGCUGGAGAAGCUGCAGGACAUGGUUACGACCACUAGGGGCCAGAUCGUGGCUCACCUGCGGAAGAGCGAGGAGCAAACGCAGCGCAUCCGGGCCGAUCGGGAACACGCCUACCAGAAACUCCAACAGCUCCGGGCUCAGGUCACCCAGGCCAGCGCCACCGCUCACACCCACCUGGUCACACUCAGCUCCCAGUGCGGUGCCACCCUCAAGGUGCUGCAGCAGCUGGUGGAGAAGGCUCAGCGCCUCCUACGCCUGGCUGAGUUGUGCCGCAGGCUGGAGACAGAAGAGGAGAAGGUGCUGCCCUUCUACCCCUCCUCACUGGGUGAGCUGGAGCAGCAAAAAGCCCGCAGGGUCCUGGAGGAGACGGCCAGCGAGCCCCUGGCACGGGUCAUGAAGGACUACAUAGGGCUGGAGAGGUUCUGGCAGAGGUUCAACAAGGCCAAGCUGGAGGAGAAGGGGAUGGAGAGGGCACGGGCAGCCCUGGCAGACAGGAACCAGGAGCUAAGGAAGCUCCUCCAGCAGUACCUGGCGGGGGCUACAAUCAGCCAGAAGGUGCCCAAAGAUCCCCACCCCCUCCUUGCCCCAAAGCAAAAGCCCCACCCCCAGAAAUGAGGGAGGGAGCCACGCUCAGGGACACUGGGCAUGGUGCACCCCAUGGGGAAGGGUCAACCACCAGGACCCCUUUCCUGGCUCCAGCAGCUCCAGCUGAAGUGCCCUGGCAGACCUGCCUGUUGUUUGAGGACUCAGGGACUGUCACUUCCUGGAUAUGCCUUAAAAGAGCAAAACUGCCUGAAAA